GAGCCCGAUAAUUUCAAUUUUAAUAAUGUCAUUAAUAACGCGUUCUCUUCUUCACAAUUUACAACUACGUCAACCCAUUAUUAUUUAUAAUUUAAGAUAUAAAACUCAUAUAUUUCGUUAUAAAUUAUUUCAAGAAUUUAAUACAACAAAAUUACAAAAUCAAUUAAUUUUAAAAAAGAGUUUAUUUACAAGUAAUUCAUUAUUUUCUGAUGAAUCAAUUAUUGAUAAUUCUAUAGUAGAGCCAACAAAUGUUAUCAAAGAAAAUAACAAAAGUAAAAAACAAAGAAUUGAAAUUGAAUUAAACGAACAAGAUUUGAUAGAAUCAUUUGUAAAGGGUUCAGGUAAUGGUGGUCAAAAAAUAAAUACUACUUCAAAUUGUGUGGAUUUAAAACAUAUUCCAACGGGAAUAAGAGUUCAGUGUCAAAAAACAAGAUCAUUACAACAAAAUAGAAAUAUAGCAAGAAAAAUUUUAAUAGAAAAAUUAGAUAAUUAUUU